UGUCACUCGGUCUAGGUAUAAAGUGGGAAAUACUUUUAUUUUUUUAUUACGUGUGAAUCAUUUAAUAUUAGUAAAUAAACAUGUGCAACGGUUGUUGCGGGUGCUGUAGCGCUUUUAGACCCAGAUACAAAAGACUUGUUGAUAAUAUAUUUCCUGUAUAUCCUCAAGAUGGAUUGGUUAAGUCGAAUAUGGAAAAACUUACCUUCUAUUCACUCAGUUCUCCAGAGAAGUUGGACAGGAUCGGGGAGUAUUUAUAUCAGAGGGCAGCUAGAGAUAUUUACCGUAAAAAAUAUGGUUUUGUCAUUAUUGCGAUGGAGGCCAUGGAUCAACUUCUACUGGCUUGCCACGCACCAACGUUGAAUCUGUUUGUCGAGAGUUUCCUGAAGAUGGUGCAGAAGCUUCUCGAAUCCACCGAGCCCGAGUUACAAAUUUUGGCCACUCAAUCGUUCGUUAAAUUUGCAAAUAUAGAAGAAGACACUCCAUCGUACCAUCGAAGAUAUGAUUUCUUUGUAAGCAAGUUUUCUGCCAUGUGCCACAGCGGAGACCGAGAGGACAUUAGGGAUAAAAUACGAAUAGCUGGAAUCAAAGGGUUGCAGGCCGUUGUACGGAAAACGGUGUCGGAUGAUUUGGUGGAGAAUAUUUGGGAGCCCGUCCACAUGGACAAGAUAGUACCCAGCUUGUUGUUUAAUAUGCAGGAAUCGGGCUUCCACAAAAAAGAGCCUGGGAGUAUAGACGUGGCCCCGGAAGACACUUUAGAUCCACCAAUGCUGGCUGAAACUUGUAUGAGGGAACUAGUUGGUAGGGCCUCGUUUGGACAUAUCAGAGCCGUACUCAGACCUGUUUUGAGACAUUUUGAUCUUCACAAGUUAUGGGUUCCUAAUCAAUUUGCAAUCCAUACUUUCCGAAUUAUAAUGUUUUCAAUUCAGGCACAAUAUUCGUAUACAGUCGUAGAAACAUUGAUGGCGCAUUUAGACGAAAAUUCCAAAUCGAGUCCCACAAUUAGAACAAGUAUCGCAGGAGUUUUAGCUAAAAUUAUAGCCAUAGCAGCAGGUGAAAGUGUUGGCCCAUCAGUAUUAGAAAUCAUCAACUCGUUGUUGAGCCAUUUACGGGAUUCUGUUAGAAACGAAGCUAGUCAAACUGAAGAAAAGGAGUACCAAGAAGCUCUUAUCAAUGCCUUGGGAGAGUUUGCCAAUCAUCUUCCGGAUUACCAGAAGAUCGAAAUAAUGAUGUUCAUUAUGAGCAAGAUUCCUUUCCCAUUGGUCGACAAUCACACGCCGGCAGAUAAUUUGCUGCAGAGUAUAUUGCUGAAGAGUUUGUUAAAGGUUGGGACAAAAUACCAAACGAUCCAUUUAAACACGACAUUUCCUGUUUCAUUUUUGGAGCCUCUCUUAAGGAUGUCUCUCGCUCCAGAUCCUGACAUGAGACUACUCGUACAAAAAAUUCUGCACACUCUUAUCGAUAGGCAUCAAAACCUAGAAAAACUCUCCAAGCCAACGGUUAACACAUUGGAAUUAGACUUGACAAUAGAGAAAUGCUCAAGGCCAGAUCUGAUAUUUAUUAAUAAGCAUGGACCAAUAAUUUAUGACGCACUGUACACGAGUUUACAAAUGGAUACAAAUACUCCUGAUAACAUCGAGGCAGUUUACACUACAUUGGCACUACUUUGUAUAGAACUGGCAAGCGCAGAAACAGUCAUAGAUUUGUUGCAGCUUUUGUUAGGGAUCCAAAGCUUGGCGUUGAACAGUACGUCCCUCCCAAAUGCUCAGAAAUUCAAUUUACAUGCCAUCGUUAUCAGUUUACUGGUAUUAAUCCCACAUGUGGUGACCAUCAAACCAUUGGCAGAAUAUGGCGCUCAGGUUGUCGAGCAGAGAAAACAAGAAGCACCUCAUUUGAUACCCGAUUUAUUGACACACUAUCCGGCAAAUACUGAGGUCGCGAACAAGCUUCCACACCUUCUAAUUGACCAGAUGGCAGUUUGCGAGUAUGUCAAACUCGGUGGUUUGGACCCGUCGAGACUUCAACAGACCUCCCCCUAUGGCGCAGGAGGUCCGGGCAUAGCACUAGGGUCCCAACGCAACAGUUGGAUCGAAUCCGGCGCUAGAGGAAGCAUCAUAGAGUUGCCUGCGCAGGAAGGCGACAGCGCCAGCAGCUCACCAAGAGUUGAAAGGAAACAUACCGAAGAAGAACUAACCUUCGAAAGCAUGAAAAAAGUACUGACGGAGCCUCCAGAAAUUCGAAAGGAAGCGGAAGCCGAGAGAAGAAAACAACUGAGCCACACUUUCAGAACGGCGACAUUCUCCGAAUUGGUUCGAAGGACCCAACCUAAGCAUGACGUUUUACAGAAUAAACUGAAUGAGAUAUUCAAGUCAUUAACAAUCAACGAAAAUCGCAGUCCCACAGAGGAAGACACAAAGAAAUCGAAUAUUCCCACGUACGAACAAAACUUCCCCGAGUUAUUUUAUUAUUAAUUGUUUUUUUAGGAAGGACUAGGAUUUUAAAUAUUUAACUGUGGAAAUAGCGCAAUUUGCAAUCAUUAUUUAUUCAGCUUGUAAGUAAAAAAGCAAAAAAUAUAGUGUAAGAUAAAUUAUUAAUUUAUUUGAAUUCCUUUUGGUGGAUAUGAUGUACAUAAUAAAUAUGUCUUUAAUAAAUCAAGUUUCUCUUCAUAAAAUGUUAGUAGCACCUGUGGUAUCACUCUUUGAAUAUUAUUGUUAAUUGUAAAGUUCUCUAAUAGACAAAAUGCUUUUAUUAGUGUUCUGCGUUAUACUUAAACACAAAAUUGCAAUUCUACAAACUUUUCCUAUAAUAGUCCAGUCGGUAGAAGUUCGGCCUGCAUUAAACCUUGAUAAUCCGGAAAUAACUACACAGGCCUACUUUAAAUGAUGAGUACAAUAACAGGUUAAUUU